AUGUCGUUCCCACAGCCCUACACCGGCUUCCCCGAAGCUAAAUACCACAAGCUCACCCUCGCAGCCGAGGGCGUGCUGCUGCUCUCGUUUAAUCGCCCUCCGGUCAACGCAUGGAUCGACCCUAAGUGGCGCGAGCUGGCCGAAAUUCUGCGCACAGUCCGCGAUGACCCCGACGUUUCUGCCAUCGUCCUUGCGGGCGAAGGGCGCUGCUUCACCGCCGGUCUCGACCUGAACGAGCAAUCCCUCAGCACUAUCGUCGCCGAACUCCCCGAUGCGGCGCGCAGAGCCUUUGCCAUGCGUGGGCACAUCCGCGACUUCCAGGAGGCCAUCUCAUGGUUCGAGCACGUCGAGAAGCCCGUCAUUGCCGCUGCGCACGGUGUUGCGUAUGGUCUGGCAAUCGACAUCAUGUCGGCGUGUGAUGUGCGGUAUGCGGCGAGGACGACACGGUUUAGCAUCAAGGAGGUGGAUGUCGGGCUGGCGGCGGACAUCGGCACACUGCAGAGAUUCCCGAAGAUUGUCGGGAACGACUCGUUGGUUAGGGAGCUGUGCUAUACCGCACGCGAGUUCGAUGCCGCUGAAGCGAAGGAGAUUGGCUUUUUGAGCAAGGUUGUCGAGGGUGGCAGGGAGGAGGUCGUUGAUGCUGCCAUCAAGACCGCCACCAUCAUCGCGUCCAAGGCGCCCAUCGCCGUGCGAGGAACCAAGAUUUACCUCUUGCACAGUCGAGAUCACAGCGUCGAGGAAGGUCUUCGCUACACACAGGCGCUCAACUCGGCUCUGCUCCAGUCGGACGACAUGCCCGUUGCCAUGCUUGCUGUUAUGCAGAAACAAACGCCGAAGUUUUCCAAGCUCUGA